AUGCAUGUGCCUUUGCGAACGCGACGCGACCGGCUGCAGGAGACGCACGUCUUGCGACUGCUGGACGACACUCAAGACGGCGACUUUGUGUACCUAUUGCUAGAGCUUUGUGAGCAAGGAGAUCUGCUCCGCAAGCAAGGCGUUCUAAAUGAAAAGAUGGUGAGGAGCAUGGCGAGACAACUCAUGCUUGGCUUGCAGGUGGUGCACAAGCUCGGCUUCAUCCACCGAGACAUCAAGCCCGACAACCUGCUAUGCACAGCAGAUGGUCUGUUGCGAAUUGCAGAUUUUGGUUGGUGCUGCCACAAGGAGGAUAGCCCGACAUGCCUUGCGGGCACCCUGCUCUACAUGGCCCCUGAAGUGCUGUCCAACGUGCCACAGACGGUGAAGGCGGAUGUGUGGAGCGCUGGAAUGACACUUUUCCAGAUGAUCGCCGGGAGAACACUGCUCCAAACCAACCUCGACCCUGGCAUGACCAAGCUUUCAGAGCGAGACCCAGUGAAGUCAACAUUGCUUCGCCAGCAGUGGCUGCUGCGGGAGAUUGAUGCGGUGUGCCCACCAUCGGACAAACUUCGGCCGAACCAUGUCAGCCCAUUAGCAUGGGACCUGGUGCAGAAAAUGCUGACGAAAGAUCCAGCAGAGCGUAUUUCAGUGGACGAGGCGCUCUCACACCCGUGGCUGCGAGAGCUAACAGAGGAGCCGAGUGAGGGCAAGGUUGCGACAAGCCCGUUGCCGUCCCGGCGCAAGGCUUGCGAGGAGGUACGGUCACCCUCGAAGGACAAGGUGCCAACGCCGUCGAAACCACGAUCUUCGAAGCCGAACAUGGCAUACACUCCCCCUGUUUCUCCGGAGGUGACCCCGGAGCGCACUCCCUGGCCGCAAAAUGAGUUCCUCGUGCCCGAUGAGAAGGAGAACAGUCGAGACCCGGAAGUGUCCCCGGAGCAGAAGAUGCGCCUGCAGAACUUGCAGAUGAAGGUGGAGAACAAGUGGGCUUCGCCCAAGGACCACCUGUCGGAGAAGUCCGCCUGCAGCCAGACCUCGAAGCUGGAGUCCCCUGCACGGGCCUUCAACAUCAAGCCUGGACGCAAGACCAUCGCAUCGCAAAUGCCAUAUUGGGAGCUCAAGCGAAGUUUGGGAAGCGCAAUGGAGAACAUGCCGCUUCGGCAGCAUGUGCCCUGGAAUCAGCUAGGCGAAGGGCAUCCGAACCAAGCGGAGCAGCCCGUGCCCACCGCGAAGGGGCUGAGACGAUUGUCCGAAGUGCCUGAAGAAGGCUGCAAGCCUCAGUCGGAGGGUUGCUCAUCGGUGAAAGUGCCGCUUGGCCAGUUGCCGCGUUCCCCGUUUGCGGAAACCGGAGACUUGCUUACUACCUCCGCCCCGGCGAGCCGCUUCAACUUGCGCGGAGUCGUCGGAGCCCUGCCACAAAGCGAUAAGACAGGGCUGGAGAUGCUGACACCUCGCACGGCGGAGAGAAACCCACAGGCCAGCCAUGGCCUGCCAUGGCCGGAUGCCCCUGUCUCGGAGAAGUGCCUCUGGCGGAAGCUGAGCCUCUGCAGACGAAUCGAGAUGUAUGCGUCCGUUUGGAGGCGAUCUCAAAAGGUCAUAAGAUUUCAAUCUGACCAAAACAUCGACCCUGCAGACUUGCCCGGCGGGAAUCGAGCCAGGGCAGAGCUGGCGAUCACGUGGAGUGAGGUGAUCGAGCGCGGCAGACAAAGACUCAAGCAGGCAAAGCAGCUAGGUUGUCCUGGGGUGCAGGGGAGGGCACACGUAGAUGCGGUGGGCCUGACGCCCUUGUCAAAGUCACGGGGAAUCGUGUUUCCUGAGAGGUGCAAAGCCUUUGCUUUUGCCAUGUUUCAAGUGAGCCCGGGAGUUGCAGGCGCGCCCGGUGCCGACCCAGACGAUGUAUGCUCCGAGCAGCAUGGCCGGACUGAGCGCGCGGACACAGGUUCGACGCAAGGGCAGGUUCAGCCGGAAUCCUUGGCAGGCCGCGCUGCCGUUGCCCGCGAUGCCCACGUGGGGCCGCCAGUCACCUCCGCGCCUGCUGGGAGCCGAGAUGCAGGCAUUUUCUACCCGGACCUCGCGACGCCUGCAAGCCUGCCAUCAGGCAUGCUCCUGUCCAUCAGACAGCUCAUCGUCGACAGCCCGGCAGGCCGAUUUCUGAAGAUCGCAGCCAGCGGAACUUUUGGUGGUGUUUUACAGCCGAGUGCUUGCAAUGCUGCUGUGCUUGUGGGAACAAGGGGGCUAGUCAUGGCGCAGACAAAAGAGACCAAGGAGACGGCCCUGCAGCGGGAGACGCGGUUGACCGGCAAUGCCGAGCUCGUGUCAGCCAUCGAUUCCACACUGCAGGCAAUGUUGGGGCAGAAGGCGAAUUCCGUUCUAGCGCGGAAGGUUGUGGGUCGAUGGUGCCAGUCUGCAAAUGCCGCCGAAUUCCGGGAAAAGAUCCGGGACUACCUAGGCCGAUUGGACGAGCAGGUUCUGCUCGGGUUCUACAUGACCAUCUCUCGUCGAGUGGACAUGAUGGAAGCCGGCCCUGCCCAGCUGACUGACCAGCUCGAUGCGCCGGAUCUCCAGGAGGGUGGCUUGUUGCGCCAAGACAAUGUGGCCAAGAUAGCUUUCAACACUCGUUCGAGAGCCUCGAAGUUCGGCUUGGACCGGAUAGCCAAACAGAAGCGACUCGAACGGGAAUUGAAAGCAGGGCCAAUGACGGCGAUGUCCCUCGACGCAGACCCACUAGCUGAUGCUCCAAAGCCAACGAUGGCCCAGUUGGAAGCAAAGGCGCCGUGGUGCUUCGGGGCUGUGGAAGGUACUCGUUGGCUCACCCGAUGGUGA